GUUGCAGCGCCACCUAUAAUUUCAGAACAGUAACUCUAAUUCAGUAAUUGCCACUUGAAAAGAAAUGAUGCUGCAUAACCUCUAAAAAUGACGACAGCUGAGGCAAAGCGAUUGAAAGAAGAUAAACUACGAGCAAAAAACUGGAAAAGAUGGGGUCCCUACCUAUCAGAGCGUCAGUGGGGCACUGUCAGGGAGGAUUACUCUGCUGAUGGAGACUGUUGGAAUUAUUUUCCACAUGAAGAGGCCCGAUCUAGGGCCUAUCGAUGGGGUGAAGAUGGACUGAUGGGUAUUUGUGAUAGAGAAGGAAGAUUAUGUUUAUCUUUGGCGCUGUGGAACACCAAAGAUCCUAUUCUCAAAGAAAGACUGUUUGGAUUGACAAGUCAGCAGGGUAACCAUGGAGAAGACGUAAAAGAGCUGUAUUAUUAUUUAGACAAUACCCCGUCCCAUACAUACAUGAAGUCUCUGUACAAGUAUCCUCAGGGGGAAUUCCCCUACAGACAGCUUGUGGAGGAGAAUGCUAGGAGGGGAGUACAUCAACAGGAAUAUGAAUUAAUGGAUACCGGUAUAUUUGACGAUAACCGUUACUUUGAUGUAACAGCAGAUUUCUGUAAAGCCAGUCCAAAUGAUCUCCUUGGGAAAUAUACUGUUGUCAACAGGGGACCAGAUCCAGCUAUAAUACAUGUUCUCCCACAGAUCUGGUUCAGAAAUGUGUGGUCCUGGGGAGAGGCAAGCUAUGGUUGCCCUGAGAAGAAACCAUAUCUGAAACAAGUGGGACAUAACAAGGUUCUAUGCUAUCAUCCAACUCUAGGUAUAUGUCAGUCUCGCCAAAGAGUCUUUAGUUCCGGAGAUGAUGUAAUAGAAGAACAAGCUGAGCCUACAACGUAUCCAUUUUACUUUGAGGUUGAUGUUGGUCCAGAAAAUCACCCACCACAACUGUUAUUUACAGAGAAUGAUACAAAUUAUGAAAAGCUGUAUGGAACAGGGAAUCAGUCACCUUAUGUAAAAGAUGCCUUCCAUGAAUAUAUAGUAAAGGGUAAUGUGAAAGCUGUGAAUCCACAACACAUUGGCACCAAGUGUGGAGCACAUUACAGUGUAUUUCUGAAUCCAGGCCAAAAAGCCCAAAUAAGGAUACGACUGUAUUAUGAGAAAGAGGCUCCACCUGAAGCAUUUGGUACGAGAGAUUUUGACUUUAUAUUCCAGCAGAGGAAGUUAGAGGCUGAUCUAUUCUAUGAUGAAGUGAUAAAGAAUCAUCAUAAACAAGAAAGAAACAUCAUACGACAAGCGUAUGCUGGUUUACUAUGGAGUAAACAGUUCUACUAUUACGUGGUUGAGGAAUGGCUAAGAGGGGAUAAAGGUCACCCACCACCACCGUUCUGUCGGAGAGAGGGGAGGAAUGCAGAAUGGGGUCAUCUUUUUAACAGGGAUGUAAUCUCAAUGCCAGAUAAAUGGGAAUACCCAUGGUAUGCAGCGUGGGACCUAGCCUUCCAUAUGAUCCCCAUGUCACAUGUAGAUAUACAGUAUGCCAAAGAACAACUGUUGUUAAUGUUGAGAGAAUGGUACAUGCAUCCAAAUGGACAGAUCCCAGCUUACGAGUUUGCUUUUGAUGAUGUGAAUCCCCCUGUCCAUUGUUAUGCUGUACUAAAAGUUUACAAAGCAUCCGGACCCAAAGGAAAAAGAGAUUUAGUCUUCCUUGCUAGAUGUUUCCAUAAACUGGUUCUUAACUUUACAUGGUGGAUAAACAGGAAGGAUAUAGAUGGUAAGAAUAUCUUCUCUGGAGGUUUUCUGGGUCUGGACAACAUUGGUGUGUUUGACAGAUCUAAACCAUUAGACUGUGGUGGCAAGAUUGCUCAGGCUGAUGCCACAGCUUGGGUGGCAUUCUUCUGUCUUAUCAUGCUGGAAAUAAGCCUCAUCCUGGCCAAGAGGGAUCAUGUCUAUGAAGAUAUGGCCAGUAAAUUCUUUGAACAUUUUGUGGCAAUUGUAGACGCCAUCAACAAAAAGGAUGGGAUAGGUCUUUGGGAUGAGAAGGAUGGGUUUUACUAUGAUCAUUUACACACUAACAACCAUACCUGUCCAAUGAAGAUCUUAUCCAUGGUUGGACUGGUUCCUCUAUUCUCCUGUAUGGUUCUCAGGGAGGAUAACAUGAAACAAUUCCCAGGAUUUUAUAAAAGAACAAAAUGGUUUCUGGAAAACAGAAAAGACUUGUCCAAAACGAUAUCAUUCAUGUGUGGCAGAGAGAAAAAGCCAAAUCCAAAUUUGUUGCUGGCCAUUGUUAACAAGGAAAAGCUGCAAAAAGUUCUCCAUCAUCUUCUAAAUGAGAAUGAGUUUCUGUCACCUUAUGGUAUAAGAUCUUUGUCAAAGCAUCAUAAAGAACAACCCUUUGUCCUGGAUGACAACACAGCUAGGGUUGGGUAUGAACCUGGAGAGUCUGAAAGUAAACUGUUUGGUGGGAACAGUAACUGGAGAGGACCUAUCUGGUUCCCAAUGAAUUACCUGAUUAUAGAGAACCUAUUCAGAUAUGACUACUAUUACGGGGAAAGUUUGAAGGUGGAAUGUCCAACAGGUUCGGGAAAUCUAAUGAGAAUGCGUGAUGUAGCCAAGGAGUUGUCCCAUCGGUUAGCUGACAUAUUCCUACCCGACCUUACAGGACAUCGACCUUGUCAUGGACCGAGUGAAAAGUAUGACAAGGACCCUAACUUCAAAGAUCUCAUUUUAUUUUACGAGUUUUUCCAUGGUGACACAGGUAGAGGGUGUGGAGCAAGCCAUCAGACAGGAUGGACAGCACUGAUAGCCAACACAAUGAAGUACAUACACAAAUGGACACUGGAGAAUGAUAGUGAUAUGAGUGAUAGUGAGGAAAGUAGCUUUAGACCCAGGCUACAUACACAUUAGGUGGUACAAGGCGGAGGGGGACAUUUUAGAGCAUUGACAGGGACUAGGACACUUUUGUGAAUUAAUUAUUAUUCUUGGAUACCAAUUUUCAUACUGGUGAACCACAAAAUGUAAAGUUCAACGAAUGACAAAUUUUUGUAAGGAUUGUAUGCAGGUUUUGCCAAAACCACUUAAAAAUAUCAACGAAUAUGAAAGUUUUCCUCAAUCCAUGAAAAAUGAUGCCAAAGAGAAUAAAUGAAUCCACAGUAAUACAGUAUUAAAAUUCUCUCAGGUUUAAGGUGGUACCCAACACUUUUACUUAAAUUAAUUUGGCUCGUUUAAUUUUCUUAAAAUUUAAACAAAGUAUUUAAUUUGACCCUUUGACAAAAAUACAAAAGUCUCAAAAAAUUUGAACCAAUCGUUUUAUCAGAAAAAUUACACUGGUAAUAUAGCAGUUUGAAAACCCCUUAUUUUGAUAAUUGAGAAGCUUUAUCAUGUUUAUAAUCACUUAACAACACAACGUAUUCAAAACAUUUAACUGAUUUUACAGAGUUAUCUCCCUGUAGUGUUAGGUACCACCUUAACAACAGAAACCGCAAAUGGGUAUUAUAUAUAAAAAGACAAUCAGACGUUUUAUCACCUUGUUUUUAUUAUAAGACAAUCAAUGUUAUACAGUUCCAUCUAGAAUCGUACAAGUAUAUCAUUAAAUUUUUAUUGAAAUUUAUUAUUGUUAAAUGGCAAGAUUAUAUUUGAUUGACAUUUUUAAUGGUUUAAUGGGAGGAACUUCUAUUUGUUUUAUAUUUUAAUGGUCAAAACGGAGGAAAUUAUAUUUAUUUUACAUAUUUUAUGGUCAAAGCGGAGGAAAUUACAUUUAUUUUACAUAUUUUAUGGUCAAAGCGGAGGAAAUUACAUUUAUUUUACAUAUUUUAUGGUAAAAGCAGACAUGUUUUUGAGAACUGUAUUUAAAAAAAGAGGAUAAUAUAUUUGUAAGACAUUAUUGACUACGCAGAUUAUAGUUUAGCUACAUGUAUUUGAAACUAUUAAUAGUAGAGUUUAUAUUUGAUUGGAUAUUUUUUUAACUGUAUGUUUGCUGGAGACAUUAUUAAAUGAUAUUAUGAGAAGGAGAGGCUCCUUGAUCUAUAUAUUUGGGUUUUAUAUCUGUUUGUUGAAUGGCUGUAGAAGGAAAUAUAUUCUUAAAAUUCUUGUAUUUGUGGGAUUAUACUUAAAAUGUGAAUGUAAGGAGGGAAUUAGUAUAUUU